AUGCCACACUCGGAGAAUUACGAAUCCGAGCUCGGACGCCUACAUGAGUCGAUACAGACCCAUCCAGACGAUCCCUCCCUCCGCUUCGAACUCGGAGCGUUGCUUUGGGAAGAAGAUGACAAGGAGAAAUCCGCCGAGCAAUUCGUGGUUGCGGCGAAGCUAAACCCUGAGAUUGAGAAGGGAGGGGCGUUUAGAUACUUAGGGCUUUAUUACGCAGCUCUACAAUCGCAGUCCCAUGCCCAGAGAGCUCUAAAGUGCUUGCAGAAAGCCGUGUCGAUCAAUCCGGAUGACUCUGUUGCCGGGGAAGCUUUGUGUGAUUUUCUGGACCAGCAGGGGAAAGAGACAUUGGAGGUGGCAGUGUGCAGUGAGGCAUCACAGAACUCACCCCGGGCUUUUUGGGCUUUUCAGAGGCUGGGGUACUUGCAGCUCCAUCAGAAUAAAUGCUCGGAAGCUGUGCACAGUCUUCAGCAUGCCAUUCGUGGAUAUCCUACCUUUCCGAUUUUGUGGGAGGCUCUUGGCCUUGCCUACCGGCGACUUGGUAGGUUCACUGCUGCUCUCAAGUCCUAUGGAAGAGCUAUCGAAUUGGAGGGUACAAGAAUCUUUGCUUUGAUUGAAAGCGGGAACAUCUAUUUGAUGCUUGGUUCCUUUAAAAAAGGAGUUGAGGCAUUUCAGCAAGCUUUGGAAUUCUCUCCCAAAAGUGUUUCCGCACACUAUGGGCUUUCUUCGGGGCUGCUUGGUUUGGCUAAGGAAUGUAUUAAUCUGGGAGCCUUUAGAUGGGGAGCUACAGUCUUAGAGGAGGCAUCUAAAGUUGCCUGGAAGAGUACUCAUUUAGCUGGAAACAUGUCAUCUAUUUGGAAGCUGCAUGGUGAUAUAGUGCUUACUUAUGCAAAAUGUUAUCCCUGGAUGGAGGAGGACCAUGGUUUGGAAUUUGAUGUUGAAGCUUUCAAUAAUUCUAUCCUCUCCUGGAAGCACACCUGCUACGUGGCUGCAAAAACUGCCCGGUGCUCUUAUCAGCGAGCUUUGCACUUAGCCCCAUGGCAAGCUAAUGCAUACUCCGACAUUGCAGUAACUUCAAAUUACAUAAACUCUUUAGAUAACAGUUCUGGACAUGACUCAAGUUCUUGGCAGCCAUCAGAGAAGAUGGCUUUAGGGGCGUUGUUACUUGAGGGUGACAAUUCUGAGUUUUGGGUGGGAUUAGGAUGUUUGUGUAAUGACAAUGCACUGAAGCAACAUGCUUUAAUCAGGGGACUGCAAUUGAAUGUGUCACUAGCUGUUGCGUGGGCAAUCUUAGGAAAGUUAUACAGAAAACAAGGUGAGAAGCAAUUUGCGAGACAAGCAUUUGACUGUGCCAGAAGUAUAGAUCCUUCUCUUGCUUUGCCAUGGGCUGGAAUGUCGGCUGAUUCUCAUUCUAGGGAGUCCUCAGCAGAUGAAGCUUAUGAGAGCUGCUUGCGAGCUGUGCAAAUAUUGCCUCUUGCUGAAUUCCAAAUUGGUCUUGCGAAGCUUGCUCUUGCUUCCGGGCAUCUUUCAUCUUCACAGGUGUUUGGAGCCAUCAAGCAGGCCAUCCAACGUGCACCUGACUAUCCUGAAUGCCAUAAUUUAAAUGGGCUAGUCUCUGAGGCACAGUCCAAUUAUCAGUCUGCUGCUGUCUCUUAUAGGCUAGCACGCUGUGCAAUCAUCAAUUCAUCAGGCAGUGAUACAAAAUCUCACAUGAAAGAUAUAACAGUCAAUUUGGCCCGGGCACUUUGUAAGGCAGGGAAUGCUCUUGAUGCUUUGCGGGAAUGCGAACUUUUGAAGAAACAAGGGUUACUUGAUGCGGAAACCUCCCAAAUAUAUGCUUUCUCCUUAUGGCAACUUGGUCAGACUGAUCAAGCUUUUAGUGUGGCAAGAAAUCUUGCUGAGAGCAUCUCUACAAUUGAGCAAAUGCCAAAGCAACGGUUUCAGAGCACUAAGUUCAGUUUGAUGGUAUCUGCUAUUCAUGCUCUGGAUCAAAGAAAUCGACUUAAGCCCGUUGGUUUAAGCAUCCGUAACAAUCUGAAAACGCCUGAAGAGAUAACGGAAAUGUUCUUUUUAUUAGCUCUUGGUACACUAGUGAAGCAUGGAACAGAAUACCAUCUUGGAUAUCAAAAAGGAAUUGAUCACGUUAGGAAGUCUCUUCACAUGUACCCUAACAGUAGUUUGUUAAGGAAUCUUCUUGGUUAUCUAUUGCUGUCAAGUGAAGAAUGGAAUAAUACCCACAUGGCAACUAGGUGUUGCAGCAUAGGCACUGAUCCAAUUAAUGGCGGUUUUAAAAUGUCAUAUGAAAUACUUGGUGCUGGAGCAGUCGCUUGCUAUGCUGUAGGCAAUAGCAAUCCUAAGUUCUCUUACCCAACAUGCUCAUACCAGUGCCUGAAUCAACCUCAAACCAUACAAAACCUGCAGAAAUGUUUACGCCAAGAACCAUGGAACCAGAAUGUAAGGUAUUUGCUUGUUCUCAAUCUGGUGCAGAAGGCACGUGAAGAGAGAUUUCCUCGUCAUCUUUGUAUUAUACUCAGGCGGCUGAUAAUUGUAGCCCUUUCUGAUGAACUUUAUCAAAAGCCAGGCAUUGCUUUUAGAUAUAUGAAAUUCCAGCUUCUACUCUGCGCAUCAGAGAUCUGUUUGCAAGAUGGUUAUCUGAUUGACUGCAUCAGCCAUGCCAAAGAUGCUUCUAUGAUUACGCUUCCUGAUGCCUAUCUUUUCUUUGCACACUUGCUUUUAUGUCGUGCCUAUGCCUCAACAGGUGAUGUAGUAAACCUUAAUACAGAGUAUAUAAGAUGCUUGGAGCUCAGGACAGAAUAUAAUAUUGGUUGGUUAUGUCUGAAGUUCAUUGAAUCUCGUUAUGAAUUGAAAACUGGUUUGGAUACUUUGGAGUUGAGCUUCAAAGAGUGCUCAAAUGAGUGGAAGAAUUCAUCAAAUAUGUGGAUGGCUCUAUUCAAUCUGGUUCAAGGUCUGAUGUCUAUAUCAAGCCAUGAUAUCUCAUCCGCAGAAGGGUUUCUUUCACAAGCUUGUUCUUUAGCUGGUCCUGAGAGCACUCUCCUGCUUUGUCAGGGUGCCACCUGUAUGGAGCUUUCACGCCUGGGUUAUGAUUCUCAAUUCUUAUCACUUGCUGUAAGGAGUCUCACUAAAGCUCAAGAAGCUUCUCUCAUUCCCUUACCGAUUGUCUCAGCAUUGCUAGCUCAAGCAGAAGGAAGCCUUGGCUCAAAAGAGAAGUGGGAGAAGAACCUUCGUCUUGAGUGGCCAACUUGGCCGCCAGAAAUGAGGCCUGCGGAACUGUUCUUCCAGAUGCACUUACUUGCAAAACAGUCGAAAGCUAGUACAGACACUUCCAGUAUUGAGUUCUGUCAGAGUCCACAGGGAUGGGUUCUUCGAGCAAUCCAUACAAACCCUUCUUGUAUGAGAUAUUGGAAAGCUUUGCAGAAGCUUGUGGAAUGAGUUGCUAAUUGAGAAGAAGGGAUGUUUUUCACGUCAUGCAGUAUAUAAAGUAUGCUUCCUUCUUCAGUGUAGCUUUGCUUUUAUAUAUCAAAGAUAAUUUAAUUGUCCUUGUUUACCAUGUAGAGACCUGCCUACAUCUUGUUCCCUAGGUUUUCCAACUUUUGUAGAAUAUGCCUUCAGUACUGACCCCUGUUGUAUUAGUC